AUGCAACCAAUACACUCAGACCUCAAGGCUUUCUACUCCGGCACCGACAUGUCGGAUGGCCUGGCCGCCAUCGAGAAGAACAACGCCGCAAACAUCGCCAAACAGGCCGGCCGGUACGACGAGGCCGUCCGCCUGCACGUCGAGGCUGUCCGGCUGAAGGUUCGACUCUACGGGGCCGAUUCCGUCGACGCCGCCUUCUCCUACAACAUGCUCGGCGACGCCCUGCUUGCCGCCGGGAAGCUCGACAAGGCCGCAGAAGCCCUCGAGUUCGCCCUCAAGGUCAGGGACGACGUAGCAUUUGGCGGCAUGGGGCUUGGCCCGCGCAUCGAUGCUGCUGCGAGCAGAGACAACAUGGCCCGCGUCCUGGAGGCCAAGGGCGACUUCCCAGCAGCACGUGAGCUCCGCCUCAAGGGUGCGGACAAGGGACAUGUAAUCUGCGGUUGUUUGAAGUGUGUGACCCCUGGCGGUGCCCUGCUCUCCCGGGCACAGUUGAAGGCAUGUGGCGCUUGCCGUUCUGUCUUCUACUGCAGUACGGCAUGCCAGAAGAGAGACUGGAAGGAGAGACACAAGCCACUUUGCAAGAAGCACCAAGCUGCCAGCAGUUCAAGUGCCGACGCGGCCGGAACUGCGGUGCCCGCCUGA